AUGGCUACAGCAUACCCCGUCGAAGUGGACGUCCUGAUGGUGUGGGUGUCAUUUCGUCACAUCAUUUCUAAACACAAACACGGGAACAACAAGCGCUUCUUAUUCUCUCCUCACGCUACCGACACCGAGAUCCUCCUUUCCUCCGUCGAUGUACCUACUCCUCAAGAAUCUGGUGACGCUGUUAUCGACGUUGUCGCACACCGUUUCCCGUUCUGUCUCGUGUGGUCUCCUAUUCCCGUCCUCACAUGGUUUGUGCCCUUUAUUGGGCAUUUAGGUAUCGCAGACAGUAAAGGCAUUAUCUUCGACUUUGCCGGGCCCUAUACGAUCGGCCGCAAUGACUUUGCCUUUGGUGCCCCCACCCGCUACUUGCAAUGCCAAGUGGCGCCUGAAAAUGUGACAGAAUGGGACGAAGCUAUAGCUGCAGGUGGCCGGAUGUAUGAAAAACGGAUGCACAAUUUGUGCUGUGACAACUGCCACUCUCAUGUCGCCGCGUGUCUCGAACGCACCGCUUAUGCGGGUCGUAAACGGUAUAAUAUGGUUUAUCUCUGCUUUUGGAUGUUCAUUCGGGGAAAGUAUGUGGGUGUCGCAGGCUUUAUCAAGACGUGGCUGCCAUUUGUCAUCGUGGUGGCAUCAUUUGUCAUUUGUGGAGUGUUGACGGCAUAA